ACACUCAACCUCUCUAAACCUCUUCGGGUUGUGGAUUGAUUUUGCACUUGGUUCAUCGCAGAAAAAGUCGGUUAAUUGAAAUUUCUUCAAUAAUGACAACACGAAUUGUGCGGCCAGUGGCACAGAUUGCUCGCAAUGGUGUCCGCAGGUAUCAUGGGGAUAGCAAGCCUUUCAAAUGGCCCAGCAUGGAUGAAUGUGGUGUGCCCCAGGGUUCCUGGAAGGAGUACUACGAUAAGAAGCAAAAGCUCUUCAACAUGCAACUCGUUGGAGGUCUACUUUUCCUCGGGGGGGCCUUCACAGUCGCCAGAAUGAGUGGAGCUCUGUACAUGAACUUGGGACCCAAACUUCCUGAGGGAUAUGUCCCUGUAAAAUACUACGAUUAAAUUAAGAAAUUGGAGCAGACGAACUUGCGAAAUUAGAUAAUGUUAGAGCACUGUUGUACA